GAUACGGCGGGUUUUUUGGAGGCGGCGACUCGAGAGCAGCUGCUAUACCCAAGGACCGCGAUAAAAAUACAGGGAGGACGACAUGACUGAGCGAUCUGCCAAGAGGUCAAAAACUGAAGAGAACCCUUAUCUUGCUCACAUGAACGGAAACGGUCAGGCGGAAGGUAAUGGCAAUUGGGCCGGUUUGACGAGGCACCAGACGACUGCUGCUCAGGCUACGGCUGCGGAGAACGGCCCUUCCAACGCAUUCAAUGGAGCUCCUCUUUCUCAGGAGUACUUCCGUAUCUUGAAGACUCGACGGGACUUGCCGGUACAUCAGCAGCGCGCGGAGUUCUUGAAGCUCUACCAAUCCACCCAGAUUCUCGUUUUCGUUGGUGAGACUGGUUCCGGUAAAACUACGCAGAUCCCUCAGUUCGUCCUUUUCGACGACAUGCCGCAUUUGACUGGCAAGCAAGUUGCAUGUACGCAGCCCAGACGUGUCGCCGCCAUGAGUGUUGCUAAGCGCGUGGCCGACGAGAUGGACGUUACGCUUGGUGAGGAGGUCGGAUACAACAUUCGUUUCGAAGACUGCUCCGGACCGAAGACUAUUUUGAAGUACAUGACGGAUGGUAUGCUUCUGCGUGAGGCGAUGAACGACCAUAUGCUCUCAAGAUAUUCUUGCAUUAUUCUUGACGAGGCUCACGAAAGAACACUGGCUACGGAUAUUUUGAUGGGCUUGAUGAAGGAGAUUGCUGGUAGACGCCCGGAUUUGAAGAUCAUCGUCAUGUCUGCAACAUUGGACGCUCAAAAGUUCCAAGGUUACUUCAACGACGCGCCUCUUCUUGCUGUUCCCGGACGUACUCACCCUGUCGAGAUCUACUAUACGCCUGAGCCUGAGCGCGAUUAUCUUGAGGCAGCCCUUCGCACCGUUUUGCAGAUCCAUGCCAGUGAAGAUGAUGGUGACAUCUUGUUGUUCUUGACCGGUGAGGAGGAAAUCGAGGAUGCAUGCAGGAAGAUUUCUUUGGAAGCAGAUGAGUUGUCGCGGGAGACAGAUGCUGGACCUAUAGUGGUAUACCCGCUUUACGGUUCCCUGCCGCCACAGCAGCAACAAAAGAUCUUCGACCCCGCACCGCCACCGAAGUUCCCUGGAGGUCGCAAUGGACGUAAGGUCGUUAUCUCUACCAACUUGGCUGAGACUUCCUUGACCAUCGACGGUAUCGUUUACGUCGUCGAUCCCGGAUUCUCGAAGCAGAAGGUUUACAACCCCCGCAUCCGUGUCGAGUCUUUGCUCGUUACACCCAUUUCCAAGGCCUCGGCUCAGCAGCGCGCUGGUCGUGCUGGACGUACCAGGCCUGGAAAGGCUUUCCGUCUCUACACCGAAGAGGCAUUUCAGAAGGAGUUAAUCGACCAGACUUACCCCGAAAUUCUGCGAUCGAACUUGUCAUCUACUGUUUUGGAGUUGAAGAAGCUUGGCAUUGACGACCUUGUCCACUUUGACUUCAUGGAUCCUCCUGCACCGGAAACCAUGAUGCGUGCGUUGGAGGAGUUGAACUACCUUGCCUGUUUGGACGAUGAUGGUAACCUCACUGCUCUUGGUCGUAUGGCUUCCGAUUUCCCCUUGGAUCCUACAUUGGCAGUGAUGUUGAUUGGCUCUCCCGAGUUCUACUGCUCCAACGAGAUCUUGAGUUUGACUGCUCUGCUCUCCGUACCUAAUGUCUUUGUGAGACCAAACAGCGCUAGGAAGGCGGCUGAUGCCAUGAAGGCGCAGUUCGCUCACCCUGACGGUGAUCACUUGACUUUGUUGAACGUUUACCACGCCUACAAGUCCGCCGAGGGCCAGUCCCUUAACAAUUGGUGCUACGACCACUUCUUGUCAGCCCGUGCUCUUCAGUCUGCAGACAACGUCCGCAACCAGCUCAAGCGCACCAUGGAACGCAAUGAUCUUGACCUCGUUUCUACACCAUUCGAGGACAAGAACUACUACAACAACAUUCGACGAGCCUUAGUUUCCGGAUUCUUCAUGCAGGUUGCCAAGAAGACCCAGAAGUCCUAUACUACCGUUAAGGAUGACCAGUCUGUCAUGCUCCAUCCCUCGACUGUCUUGCAGCAGGCGCCUGAAUGGGUUCUUUACAACGAGUUCGUUCUGACGUCGAAGAAUUACAUCCGUACGAUCACCGCGAUCAAGCCUGAGUGGUUGUUGGAGAUCGCACCCCUGUACUACGACAUUGAGAGUUUCCCCAAGGGUGAGGUAAGGGAGGCUUUGAGAAAAGUGGUGAACAAGAGGGAUCGCAGCGACGCAUUGCUCGGUCAGAAGCGCAAGAAGUACGCUGCGUGAGGAAUGCAAAGGAUACAGCGAUGAAUGCUUAGCGGCAUAGAUCCUGGCACCGGCGUUUUAUUUGCUUUUGGUUAUUAUGUCUUCACAAUACGCUUUCUUCACCACCCCAUUGCCCUUUCAUGAAAGUCCAUCGGUUUUGAGUUGCGGCCAGCCGCACGCCCUUACAGUAGCCGGGGUGACCGGGUUCAUCGACGUAGGUCUACCGACGACGACCCGGCAGUCGCCAAGCACCCAAAUAAUGGCAUUGGCUUCGUGGCGGCAUUUCAAUUUCUUCGAUAGUGCUCAAGUGAAGGACCCUUCUGAUCCAACACA